CUUCUCCAUAUAUAUACCAACAACAAUCAUCAAGCUGCAUUCCGAGUGAAGUUUCAAGAUUGCAAAAUAAGUUGUAUUUGGUAGAUGAAAACCCUACGAAUUCUGCAGGGAUCUUCUGGCCCAAAUCUAUUUAUUGUGCUGGUCACUCUGAACAAGGUGUCUAUAAAUAACUAUUUCGGACAUGGCUACAAAGAAGUCUCCCGUCCUGGUCAGUGCUAUUGACCAAGGAUCAAGUGGAACCAAGUUCUGUGUUUUUGAUAACGUGUCAGGAGAGACUUUAGCCUCCCACAGCAUUGAGACAAAGAGAAUAGAGCCACUGGAAGGAUGGACAGAAAUGGAUCCUGUUUAUCUGAUGGAUUCUGUUUGGAAAUGCUUUGAUGUAGUUGCUCAAAAACUGAAGGAAAAGAAUCUAGACGUACAACAAAUUAAAUGUCUGGGAAUAACCAACCAGAUGCUGACUAUUAUCUCUUGGUGCAGAAAGACAGGAAAAUUAUUCCACAACGCAAUUGAAUGGUGCGACAUUCGUACACGUGAAGACAAUGAAAAAGAAUUGGAUAGACUACCUGGGAGAAAUAAGGACCAUUUUAGAAAAACUACAGGACUCCCCUUGAGUUCAUUGUUUUUAAACACAAAAAUUCCUUGGAUAAUUAAAAAUGUCCCUGGUGUUAAAGAAGCCAUAGAUGAAGGAACGUGUAUGUUUGGCACGGUCAACACAUGGAUUUUAUGGAAUUUGACUGGGGGUGUAAAUGGGGGAGUGUAUUUAACAGACAUUUCCAAUGGACAAAUUACAGGCCUGUGUAAUCUGGAGACCUGUGACUGGGAUCCGGAAAUCUGCAGAUAUUUUGGAAUUCCUCAUGAUGUAUUUGCUGAGAUUAGGAGUACCUCGGAAAUAUACGGCUAUAUAAAACAUGGACCAUUAGCGGGAAUUCCAAUUUCUGGGAUGAUUGGUGAUCAAAUGGCGGGAACCGUUGGACAUCUGUGUUUCAAUAAAGGUCAAUCUAAAUGCACAUAUGGGACGGCAGGAUGCUUAAAUAUAAACACGGGCACUGAGGCUGUGUAUUCCAGCUGUGGAAUGAUGACCUCUCCACUUUAUCAACUUGGAAAGUCAGCCCCAAUACUUUUUAACCUUUGGGGCGCCAUUGAAGGAUGUGGACAGUUAAUGCGAUGGUUAAGAGACAAUCUACAAAUCGUCAAAUCCGCCCAAGAGAUCGAAACUUUAGCGGCUUCAGUAGAAUCGUCACAUGACUGCUUUUUUGUUCCCGCCUUCGGGGGUCUUCUUUGUCCCUACUGGGAGGAUGACGCCAGAGGAACAAUAGUAGGAAUGACAGGGUACACACAGAAGGAACACAUCUGUAGAGCGGCUCUGGAAUCUGUGGCCUUCAUGGUGAAAGACAUUUUGGACGGUGUGGAAGUAGAUACAGGUUUACAAAUACCUGAGCUAAAAGUAGAUGGUGGAGUGACAGUAAACAAUCUUCUGAUGCAAAUCCAAGCCAAUUUUAUCAAUGAAACAGUAGUACGGUCUUCCUUGGUUGAGGCAACGGCAUUUGGGGCUGCUUUAAUGGCAGGGGCCGCCGAAGGGAUAGAAAUUUUCCCUUUAUCUCCUGAUAGAUUGAAGCUCGAUGUUUCUUUUCCAAUUCACGAAACUACUUUUUCGCCUUCAAUGGCUGAUGACGAACGCACAAGACUUUGUAAACGAUGGACAAAAGCGAUUGAAAAAGCCAAACACUGGGUGUCUGACUGAUUAGUAAUUUCAUCCGAUGUUUUAAGCUGGACAUGACAAACAAGUUCAAAUAUUAAGGGUUUCUUGCUUUUUAUUAACCACAGAUCAGUGAAGUUUAUUUCCAUCGUGAAACAUUCAAAUGAGGCAAUUUGUCAGGAGUAAUGUAUUUGAUAUUUGCUGUAAUUAAUAAAAUCGGUGACAACAAUUAAAAGUCAAGCAAUAGGAAAAAUACUUGUUUUUUAGAGAAUGACUCGUUCUCGGUGAAAUGAAGAGUUGUAGAAAGGAUUUCCUUAAAGAACAGUUUGUACAACGUUUAUUUAGUUUGUUUGUAUUGUCAGCGUCAUCAAAUACAGAUUAUUCAAUUA